ACACACAAGUUGUUAUCUGUGGGCAUCUUCAACACUUAUCAGUUGCACAAUUGGCGGAAAUUCACUGAGAAAUGCGAUAUUUCGCGUAAUUAGGCCAAUCACACUUCCCGUAUCGCCCACUCGUGGCGCUGAAUGGGGCAGAUCAUCAGGUAACCCGUGAAAUGUUUACUGCUGUUCGUCGGAUGUUCUCAAUAAAGAAUUUCGAUUUUGUGUGAAAAUUGUGGUGAAAACGUGCCGGAAAAGUGUGUAAAAAUGAAGUCGAGUGGCUGGAGAAUAUGAUGGAAAUGGUGGUCUGAGGAAGAGCGCCGCGAGAGACCAUGGACCCGUCGUCGCUCAGCUUCAAGGACACCGCGAGCUGUGAUAGGCCAGCCCUGCCGCCGCGCAUGGGCUCGCGCUCCGCCCUGGCCACCGCGCCGCCCUCCGACGACUACUACGGCGUGACGGUGCCACAGAAGGCGCCCGAGAAAGGGCCCAGCGGCGACUUCACGGGCGCCAGCGUGGCCCUGCAGAGCGCCGAGUGGUAUUGGGGCAAGAUCACGCGCGACGAGGUGAAGGACAGGCUGAAGGACAUGCCGGACGGCUCCUUCCUCAUCCGCGACGCGUCCAGCCAGAAGGGCGAGUAUACGCUGACGAUCCGCAAGGACGGCAGCGACAAGCUGAUCAAGAUCGGCCACCGCGGCGGCAAGUACGGCUUCACGGAGCCGUACACGUUCGCGUCGGUGGUGGAACUGGUGAAUUACUUCCGCAAGGAGUCCCUGAAGCAGUACAACAACGUGCUGGACAUCAAGCUGAUGUACCCGAUCUCGCGCUACAACCAAGAGGAGGACACCAGCGGCGUGGACAGCGAGGGUGACGUGAACAAGCUGGUGGAGCAGUUCAUCGAGGUGCACGAGAAAUUCCUGAAGAAGUCACAGAACUACGACGAGAUGCACAGCUCGUAUCAGCGUAUGGAGAUUGAGAUAGAGAUUAAGCGACAAGCACUUGAGGCAUUCCACGAGGCGAUAUCCAUGUUUGAGGAUCAGAUCAAGCUGCAGGAGAAGCUCAAGACGCAGGCGCAGCCGCACGAGAUCAAGAGUCUCAAUGAGAACUACGACAUUCUCAAUCAACGACUCGGCGCUCUCAGCGAGAGCAAGGAGAAGCUCGAGAGUGAUAUUGCGAAGCAGAACAAGGAGUUCCAGGCAUUCGAGCGUGAUAUCAACUAUCUCAAGCCAGAAGUGCUCAAUUUGUCGCGACUUAAGGAGAAACUUCAUGGACUGCUCCUGCAGCACGGGCUCACGCACGAGCAGAUCAACCAGAUCAUGGAGGACGGGUUGCGAUCGUGGGCGAAUCUGCACAACAUCCAGAUGACGCACUACGACGAGGCCACGUGGUUUCUGCCCAAUUGCAGCCGCCUGGAGGCCGAGCAGCUGCUCACGGGCACACAGACGGGCACGUUCCUGAUCAGGCCGCGCAGCGCCGGUCACUAUGCGCUGUCCAUCAGCAACAACGGCGUGCCGAAUCACUGCAUCAUCUACCAGACGGACCGCGGCUUCGGAUUCGCGGAGCCGUACAAUGUGUACAGCACGCUGAAGGCGCUGGUGCUGCACUAUGCUCACAACUCGCUGGAGGAGCACAAUGACUCGCUCCUCACCACACUCAAGUAUCCUGUCUACGGACAGAGCGCCAUUGUGCCAACGUCGGCGACGGCAAUCAAGGAGGAGCAGCAGCAGCAGCAGCGACAGACCAGUGCAGAGUGUUAGCUGCGGAGAGUACGAGAUUAUGCGGAGAUUCUUUUUUGAUUUUUUUUGUGUGUUUUUUCCCAGCAAAGAAUCUUCCCACAAAAAGUAAUUUGAGUAUAUAUUAAAUAUAAGGAUAAUGUGAUUUCUUUUUAUACAAUUUACUAUUAAUUAGAGAGACAUGCAAAUAUGAGGAGAUAUUACUCGUAAAAAAAAACAAAAAUGAUGAAAGAGAAUUCUUUAGUUGUUUAACACCUUCUUUCUAUACAUAUAAUUGAGAAAUGAUGAUAAGAUGAUAUCAAUUUUGUGUUUUUCUUCUGGACAACAAAAACUUUUUGAAAUAGUAUAAAUUCUCUUCCCUCCCGGAGAUAUAUAUAUACAUAUAUAUAAAAGUGUGUGAAAAGUGAGUUCGCAAACGACGAAAAAAAAAAGAAA